AUGGACGCGUACGACGAACCAAUGGACGCCGCUUCUAGUGGACACCGCACCAUUCCGGACUACAAGGAUAUCGACGAAGACCGACGACCCGAGUCACGUCCUCCUCGAGGUCGAUCUUACUCUCGCUCCCCCUCCACCACUCCCGUCCCUGGUCGACGUGACCGCAGCCCCGCUCGUCGCGCUGACAGCCGCAGUCGCAGUCGUAGUCGUAGCCGUUCGCCUCUGCCUCAUCGCCGCUCUCGAUCCCCCGCUGCCCGACGAUACGAUCGAGACGACCGUGACCGACGCGAUCGCAACCGUUCCCGCUCACCUCCUCCCCCUCGCUCCGAUCGUCGUCGUUCCCCACCGCCCAAACCUCGUGGUGCACCCGCCCAUGUCGACCCUACCACCGUCCUCGGAGUUUUUGGUCUCUCGAUCCGCACCGUCGAAGCAGACCUCAAGGACGAAUUCGAAGCCAUCGCCCCUGUGGACAAGGUCGUUGUCGUCUACGAUGCCCGUUCAGGUCGUUCGCGAGGCUUCGGUUUCGUCACCAUGCGUGAUGUCGACGGCGCCUCUGCUGCUAUUGAAGCCUUGAACGGCAAGGAUUUGCACGGUCGAAAGAUUCGAGUCGAUUUCUCGACUACCCACAAACCUCACGAUCCCACUCCUGGUAUUUACAAGGGUGAGAUUCGACCGGAUGAUCGAUACCGUGCUCCUGCUCGUGGAGGUGACCGAAGCAGUGGAGGUGGUAGGGAUGGAGGCUCGAGAUACACCGGUCGAGCAUACGAUAGGGCCGAUCGAGCAGGAACUAGCUCAUACCGAGGUGGAGAUUCCUACAGGAGAGGCUUUGCCGAUUCAAGGGAUGACUGGAGAAGAAGACCCUCCCCUCCGAGAAGGCCGAGGAGAUCACCCAGCCCUCCACCAAAGAGAAGCGGUGGAAGCAGGUACUCCCGAUCGCCAAGCCCAAGACGCGGUGGUGGGGAUAGGUACGACGCUGAUAGGGAGGAAAGAGUUCCUCCUCCCUCCAGGGCUAGGUUGGGAAGUCACCUCGACAGCCCCCCUCGAGAGGACAAUGUCGAGCCCAGUCGAUACUACUAA